UCGACGUCUCGACCGCACCUGCCCGCCACGCACGCAGAGGGGUGAGCAAUCGCCGGUGACAAGGAGGACGCAGAGAAUUUUUUUUCCGUUGGUGAUGGAGCAGCUGUUGGUGCCAUCCCUUCCGAUUCUUCGAGGGAGGAUGUUGCCUCUGCUCAAACAUUGCUGUGCCUUUGGAACUCAUCAUCUCUUAACCUGGGGGAGCAUCUUCCAAACAUCAGGAAGAGAACAAAAACAAAUCAGGAGUUGGAGCGCACAGUGCUCGGCAAAUUAUGACAGAGCUUCUGUACCAGAGAAAGACAGUCCUCUAAAGAAUUUAACAUUACCUGAUAAUUCACUUCUUGAUGCCCGUAUUCUCUAUUGUACCUCUCCUGCCCUGGGUCAUAACAAAGAAGCACACCCAGAAUCUAACAAAAGAGUGCCUGCAAUAGUUGAUGCUCUUGAUAAAUUGGAGCUUAGUCCCAAGCAUCGUGGUUCACAGGUUCUUGAAAUUCAAAAUUUCAACCCUGCUUCUCUAGAUGAUGUUGCACGAGUUCAUUCCAAGUCUUACAUCACUGGACUUGAAAAGGCUAUGAGUAAAGCUGCAGAUGAAGGUCUGAUAUUAAUUGAAGGAACUGGACCAACAUAUGCUACAGAGACUACUUUCCAAGAAUCACUUCUAUCAGCUGGUGCUGGAAUCACACUGGUUGAUUCAGUGGUUGCCGCAUCAAAGUUAGGUCCUAAUCCACCCCUUGGCUUUGCGUUAGUAAGGCCACCAGGACAUCAUGCUGUUCCUCGAGGUCCCAUGGGCUUCUGUGUGUUUGGGAACAUUGCUGUGGCAGCUCGGUAUGCUCAGCAUCAAUAUGGACUAAAGCGGGUGAUGAUAAUAGAUUUUGACGUUCACCAUGGCAAUGGGACAUCCGAUGCAUUUUAUGAUGAUCCGGACAUCUUCUUCCUCUCAACUCACCAGCUUGGAAGCUAUCCUGGGACUGGUAAGAUCGACGAAGUCGGUCAAGGUGAUGGCGAAGGCACAACGCUCAACCUGCCACUUCCUGGUGGCGCAGGUGAUUACGCAAUGAGGUGUGCUUUUGAUGAGGCCAUUGCUCCAUCCGCCCAGAGAUUCAAGCCUGAUAUCAUCCUUGUUUCAGCCGGGUACGACGCGCAUGCACUGGACCCCCUGGCCGGCCUGCAGUUCACCACGGGCACGUUCUACAUGCUGGCAUCGAGCAUCAAGCAGCUGGCAAAGGAGCUCUGCGGCGGCCGCUGCAUCUUCUUCCUGGAGGGAGGGUACAACCUGCAGACGCUGUCCAGCUCCGUCGCAAACACGUUCCGUGCGUUCCUCGACGAACCCAGCCUCGCGGCGCAGUUGGACGACCCGGCGAUGCUUUACGAAGAGCCGACUCGGAAGAUCAAAGAGGCGAUUGCGAAGGCCAAGGGCAUCCAUUCGCUUUGAAGGCUGGCGCCAAAGUUUGAAGCGAUGCUUCUGGUACAUCUUUUGCUCGUUUCUCGUAACACUACGAGACUGUUGUAGCAUAUAUGUGCGCCGUGUAGGGGUUUAAUUUCAGCGCUGAUACCUCUUAUGGGUACAUGGUCAUGUACGACGCAUCGCUUUCUAUACGACACGGCUUUUAACUUGGUUUUGCGGCCGGCGAGACGAACGCCGGUGCUAAUUUCUGAUGAGCCUGUGACUGGCAUAUAUAGCUGCUGUCUCGCGUCA